GCCGGAGUUUUGCGUCAGAGCGCGAUGGCGGCGCCGGGGGUGUCGAAGGCCGAGUACCUGCGGCGGUACCUGAGCGGCCCCGCCGAGCCCGCCCAGCCCCGCCGCCGCCGCAAGAAGAAGCCGCUGGGCGGCACCGGCAGAGGCGGGAUGCGGAUCGUGGAUGACGAUGUGAGCUGGAACAGCAUCGCCGCCGCCCCGGAGAAGGAGGAGGAGGAGGACGAGGGGGACAUGCCUGUGGUGGCAGAGUUCAUUGAUGAGCGCCCCGAGGAGGUGAAGCUCAUGGAGGAAUUCCGAACAAACUCCAAGUGGAAGCUUCUAGGAGACGAGGACUCUCAGAGUUCGGAUAUUUCGGGAUCUGCCAAGUCUGCCACGAGGCGGCGCCACGACUCCCCAGAGGCAGCAGGGAAACACAACGGCUCCUUGGACCCCUCCCCUCCCAGGAGACACCGUCACGACACCCCCGACCCCUCCCCUCCCAGGAGACACCGUCAUGAUACCCCUGACCCCUCCCCUCCCAGGAGACACCGUCACGACACCCCCGACCCGUCACCUCCCAGGAGACACCGUCACGACACCCCUGACCCAUCCCCUCCCAGGAGACACCGUCACGAUACCCCUGACCUGUCACCUCCCAGGAGACAACGUCACGAUACCCCUGACCUGUCACCUCCCAGGAGACAGCGUCACGACACUCCUGACCCCUCCCCUCCCAGGAGACACCGUCAUGAUACCCCUGACCCAUCCCCUCCCAGGAGACAGCGUCACGAUACCCCUGACCCAUCCCCUCCCAGGAGACAGUGUCACGAUACCCCCGACCUGUCACCUCCCAGGAGACAACGUCAUGACACACCAGACUCAUCAGCUCCCAAAAGGCAGCGUCGUGACACCCCAGAUCUGUCACCUCCCCGGCGGCGGCAGCGUCACGAUACCCCCGACCCCUCACCUCCCAGAAGACAACGUCACGACACCCCUGACCCAUCCCCUCCCAGGAGACAGCGUCACGACACCCCUGACCCAUCCCCUCCCAGGAGACAGCGUCAUGACACCCCUGACCCAUCCCCUCCCAGGAGACAGCGUCAUGACACGCCAGACUUGUCACCUCCCCGGCGGCGGCAGCGUCACGACACCCCUGACCCGUCCCCUCCUCGUCGGCAGCGUCACGACAGCCCAGAUCUGUCGCCACCCCGGCGGCACCAGGACGUGUCAGCUCAGAGAGAAAAGCCAGGGUCCCCAGGUGGGAAAAAGAGCCGAAGGAAAGGACGGACUUCGCCCGCCCAGAAGGAGCAGCACAGGUCACGGAGUCCCCCAGGCUCUCCCAAGAAGGCUCACACGAUGUCAUCCGGGGCCAAAGCUGGCCUGGUGUCGGCCGACGUGCUGCAGAGGGAGAAGCAGGAGCUGAGGAAGCACGAGAGGAGCACCAAGCACCUGGAAGAGGAAUCCCGGAACGCUCAGACCGUGUUCCGAGACAAGUCCGGCCGCAAGAGGAACCUGGCCCAGGAGCAGCUGGAGCAGAGGCUGAAGGCUGAGGCAGAGGCCAAGAGAGAAGAGCAGUAUGCCAAGUGGGGAAAAGGGCUGGCACAGGAGAGGCAGCAGCAGCAGAAUGUGGAGGAUGCAGUGAAGGAGAUGCAGAAGCCCUUGGCCCGUUACAUCGAUGACCAGGACCUGGAUAGAAUGCUGAGGGAACAGGAGAGGGAAGGAGACCCCAUGGCUGCUCUCAUCAAGAAAAGGAAGGCCAAGGAGAACAAGGAGAAAGAAAAGCCCAGGUACAAGGGACCAGCACCUCCACUCAACAGGUUUAACAUCUGGCCUGGGCAUCGCUGGGAUGGUGUGGACAGGUCCAACGGGUUCGAGCAGCAGCGCUUUGCCCGCAUCGCCAACAAGAAGGCAGUGCAGGAGCUCGCCUACAAGUGGAGCGUGGAGGACAUGUAGGGAGAGCUCCUGCAGUGACCCACGGGCACCACCUGCUGCCAGAGCCCUGAGGAGUGGCUGCUGUCCCUGGAACAAGCCCUGUCCUCGGCCUUCAGCAGCCCACUGGAGCAAGGCUGGAUUUCCCUGCCAGCCAGAGCCUCCAGCUCUCUGGGGAGGACACCAACUCUUGUUUGUUUUGUGACAAACUUCUGUUCUAUGCCAAAUGCUUUGACCUCUGAGGGCAGUUCCCAAGUCUUCAGGUGUCCUGAAUCUCAGGUGAAAAUCUGCUGAACGCUUGGGCUUGGGAGAGUUACCCUUGAGCAGUGGGUCAGUCUGCUCCAGAACUCAGGUUAAGUUGAACUUCUGAACUUUUGUUAAGUUUAUGCAGUUAUUUUGCCAAGUAGAUGCCAGAGUUACCAACGUGCAGGAAAGUUCAAGCUCAGCUUCUCCUGACCCUGUCCAAGCAGGAAACUGAGCAGGGAAUGCUGUGGCACUGGAAGAGCAACCUGCAGUGCUGCAUUGGCAGCCAGAUCUUCAGGAGCCUCAGCAAUUCUUCAGGGGUCCAUUUCUAGUGGAACUAAAUGUGUGGAGAAUUAGGACUUCAGACCUGGAAUUGCUUCUCUCAUAGUUGGGAGCAGCUGGUCCCCCCAGACCCCUCUGGAUUUGGGGCUGGUCUCAGCACUUCCCCCACUCUGCUGCCUGGGGCUCACUCUGGUGGGGGGUGUAACAACCCUUCCUUCUCCUGAGAUCAGAUUUGUCAGUCUCAGAGCUGGAGGCUGGGCAGAGCUUCCCUUAAUCCCUGUGUGCCAGAAAGCACUUGUGGAAAUAAAUACAGUUGUUCUUGUUGAGGUCCCAGGGAUGGAAUGCAGGCAGCAGUUUCCAUGGAGAUGCCUUGGCUGCAGCAGUGGGCAGGGCAGGGCAGGAUUGCUCUUUUCAGGGAUUCUCCAGCAUUGGGAGGGCUGUGGGUGGGAGGGAGAGCAGCAAAGUCUCCUCUGGAGUGGCAGACUCUUGGGGCUUCCCUGUUUUUCAUCUCUUGUGUAACAUUUCCAGCAGCCCUGGAAUUGGUGUGUUCACCUGUAAAUAACACCUCUCUUUUUGUACUCCA